AUGGUGAGGACUGCUGUGUCCAUCGGUGCUGCGUGCGGCGUCGCAUGCGUGAUUGCCUGUCUGUGGGCAGCAAUCGUCAUCACCAACGACAUCAACGAGAUGUACGAUGACGUUAUGGGAGAGCUCGGCUCGUUUCGAAAUGUUGCGGACGACACCUGGGAUGACAUGAUGGUGAUGCGCAGAGGUGGAUCCACAGCAGAGCAGUACGUACGAGGAAUCUUCGGUAGACAUAAAAGAAAUGCCAAUCAGUGCAGCUGUGGACUACCUGCACAGAACUGUCCGCCAGGGCCUCCCGGGCCCCCUGGUGCUCCUGGAGAACCAGGAGAAACAGGUCCUGAUGGCAAGAACGGUCCCACUGGACUUCCUGGACUCAACAUUGUGCAGCCUAAUGACUAUCCCAAAGGGUGCCUCAAAUGUCCAGCUGGACCCCCUGGACCCGAUGGACUUCCCGGACAGGAAGGAUUCCAAGGAAUGCCUGGAAAACCUGGAGAUCUCGGAGCGCCUGGAAAAGACGGAGAGCCUGGACCCCAAGGAGAACAAGGGGAUCAAGGGCAACCUGGAAACGAUGGACAGCCUGGGAUGCCCGGCGCUCCUGGACGCGACUGUCUCACUGGGAAAGGACAACCCGGUAUGCCAGGACGUCCGGGUAUUCCCGGACCACGUGGUAAUCCCGGAAACGACGGACCACAAGGAGAGCCUGGUGCUGACGGAAUUGCUGGACCUCAAGGACAACCUGGGAAAGACGGUUUCAAUGGCAUGGAUGGCACCCCAGGACAGGCUGGACCUCAAGGAAACGUUGGAGGCGAUGCAGAAUACUGUCCUUGCCCUGAGAGGAAGAGGAGACUUUAA